AUGGGGGUCGAACCUCCGUUUAUCUAUGAUCACCCAUCACGAUAUUCAUUCAAUGGUCCCACUGAUAGAGGCUUCAAUCCCAAAGCUGCGACUCAGGCAAGCUGGUCGCCUCCUGUAUCCAAGCCAAAACAAGAUGGUCCAUUGAUCAACUUCAAUAAGCAUCCAGACUCGUACCUGAUUGUGCCGUAUGGCAACCUGAACGUCAAACCGAUGAACCCAAACACGCACACCAGGAUCAAGUACUCGAGACGGAUGCAGCUGGGACUGCGUGUUCUAGCACUAUUUGGAUCACUCGGCCUUCUCUUUUGCGUGAUCGCCAUCAAGGGAACGUCAGGCUCGCUAGGAUGGAUAAUUCGAAUAGCACCAUGUGUUGUCUUGGUGCACACACUCUAUGCCGUAUACCAUUUGUGCCGAUCUGCAACCGGCAGAACUGCCGCAUCGAGCGCAAGCUACAUGCUCUUCGCCGCCAUGAUCGAUGCUGGACUUCUCCCAUUUCUGGCAUUCUCCGCUUUCAUGGCGCAUAAUGAGCACACUAGUGGUACUUACGGCUGGAACACAUUGUUUGAUGUUCCCCUCACGACCUGGUACAUUGUAUACACCACGUUUCUGCUAUGUGUCAUCGAAGGCGGACUUCUUCUCCUCUCACUCGUCCUUGGAGUAUACCUUGCAAUCAUUUUCCGGCAGAUCGCCAAGCUACCCCCUGACAUGAAUCCUCUUGAGCCAAAUCUGACAGCAAGACCACAUAAACGAAACAAGUCAGAAAUUAUAGCAUCAGAGAAUCACAUGAGCCAGACAUCUCUCAUGCCCAACAGCCGCAUGUCUAGCACAGCAGAUCCUCUCAUAGCUCCAGCCAGAAGAGUGCCGUUCAUGCACACUAGGACAGAUUCUGCAGAUCGCAUCCAACUUCAUCAGAACAACAGUGCACGCAGCUCUCGAAUGGAUGUCUCCAGACCCGAAAGUCUGUACCAGCAAUCGAACCACUCCUUCCGUGGCUCAUAUACUCCAAUCAACAAAACACUUUCCAGUCCACCCUCUCGACCACCCUCUCGUCCACAAUCCGUAGCAGCACCUUCCAUCAGCUCCCGUCAAGCUGGUACCGGAUUCGAACACCGGCCGGCACGUUCAUCUCAGCUCGCUCAGGAAGACAAGCCGUGGCAGACAUUCAACGCCAAUGUUCAACUGUCGCCUCGAGACAACUAUCAACACCGAGUAAACGCCCCUCAAUAUGCUCAAUUCAAUCUAUUUAACGACGAGAAUAUCCCGCCGGUAUCGCCUGUCACCUCCCGAGCCAGCACUCCUGACUCAGACCGAGACAUUAACUACUUGGAGAUCAAAAACUGGUACGAAUCCCCACAUAUCAAGAACAAAGGGAGCAAGGAUUAUGUCCCUAUCCAGCAAGACCAACCAGAACAGUAUUCUGCAACGCGAGCACAACAAGUAGGAUACGAGCGUAGGAAAAGUCUGUACGAUCUCGAUCGUGGUCUCGGCUCAAAUAGUGCUGCAGCAAUGAACAAACAGCAGCUCAGCCCACCCAAUCCUCUCGGCAUGAACCCUCCAAGCCCAGCAUAUUCCGCACACGAGCAAGAAGAGACCCGGCAACUCGACGUAACGAAUGAUCUGGAAGAGGAGCCGCAGAGAUACGCACUCUACGACGCACCGAUCAAUCUGCCCCCACUGUCUCAGAGAUCCAGAUCGAAGGUAACAAGCCGACCAUCCAGCUUUGUCGGCUCCGGCAGCAAAGGGCGGUACUACGGCGAUCUACGCAGCCAAGUCGGCACGGUGAGCAGCAAGUUCGAGAAAGACGUGUCAGAGAUCAAGAGUGAUACCGCCUCCAACUAUUCAAAGGAGAACGGUUCGGAGCGGACCGAGUCGAUGGAUAGUAAUAUCCAGAUUCACGGCCAUGACUUUGAUGAUGAAGAUAUUGUGGGUAAGAUGCCUUACAUGGUAGUUGAGGGUGAGAGUGUGCAGGUUGUUGCGAGUAAUGCCGAUGGUGGGGGGAGGAGGUUCUCGUAUGAAAAAGAUGAUGACGACCAAACGGAACGGGGAGGGAAUGAUUAUGAGAGCGACAGGAAGGGUAGGGUGGUCAGUAGCACAGGACAUGAUCUUUCGGCUGGGUAUGCGGGAUUGGGAGCUGAGUUUGGACGCGGCAUGGGGAGGAGGAGGGAGGUUAGCGGGAAGGUUGUCGAGGAGGGGAGAGGAAGUGGAUACGCGUAUGCGGGUGCUGGGAGUGAUGGGGAGGGAGCGCAAGCUCAUACUAAGGCUGGGCUGGAAGGCGGGACGGCAACGGCAAUGGCAGGGGCGAGAAGAAACGGAGAUGCGAACGGGAAGGAGACUAGGACGGGUAUUGCCGCGGCGGGAUGGGCGAGAUUCAAGGGUUUGUGA